AUGAUGGAAUCUUUUAUCAGAUAUUUCCUCCUAGCCGUGCUCUAUGUGACCUGCCUGGUGGGAUUCACAGUAAAUAUGAUUAUGGUGGUGGCUAACUUCAUGAAGUGGAAAACUCUGAGAUCUCUCCCGGCCUGUGAUAAGAUCCUCAGCUCUUUGGCGAUCUCCAGAGGCUUGUCUUUUAUCAGCAUCUUUUCGUGGAACUCUGUUUUUCGUUUUUUUCCAUGGAUUAUGAACAACAGUCUUGUGUUAUCAACCUUUUAUAUCCAGUUUAUGUUCAUCUUCUACAGCAGUCACUGGUUGGCCACCCUCCUCUGUGUCUUCUACUGUAUGAAGAUUGUGACCUACAACUAUAAACUCUUCAUCUUCCUGAAGACCCGGAUCUCCACCAUGGUCCCGCAGUUGAUUCUGUCCUCUCUGCUGAUCUCACUCAUCUCCAGCCUUCCAUUUGGUUGGUACGGUUAUGACCUAAAGCUACAGAAUUUAUCAAAUCAUUCUACUGGAAAUAUGACAGAGUAUGAAGUUGUGACAGUUGUGAACCUUAAUAACCGGUUCCUGAUAUAUGCUGUCGGCUCCUUUCUGCCAUUUGUUAUAUUUAGUGUAGCCAACUCACUGUUAAUUCAUUUCCUACUAAUACACACCAGACGGAUGAGAAGCAAUGAGUCACAUAUCCAGAGCCCAAACUUGGAGUCUCACUUUAAAGCUUUGAAAAGUAUGAGCUUAUUUUUGCUUUUACAAAUAAUAUUUUUAAUAUGCAUGAAUCUUUUCAUUUCUGGCACAUAUUUGCAUAUACAUUUUUAUAUUUUAAUUUAUUAUGUUAUACUAUGCAGUCCUCCAUUGCUCCAUUCCCUCUAUAUGAUCUCUUCCAACAGUGAGGUAAAGAAGAUGUUUGCCUCAGUGUAUCUCAGUCUUAUGAGAUGUUUCUAA